AUGUUGCAGCCAGAAACCAGCAGCAGUAUCCAUGCGCUACAGUCACAACCCUCGUUGGUGCUGGUAGCGCCAAUGCCCCGUCGCCCCAUCGCUCUCGUAGCUCGCAGGCACCAUCAUCACCACGGCUCUCGUUCUCGUUCAUCUCGAACCGUCUCGACCAGUCAAUCCGAGGACUCCUCGAAGGACUCGGCGGCUCAGCGCUCUGCCACCUCGCCAGACUCUGAGUCUGCUGUUGGCGGCUGCUCCGCUUCAUCAGUCAGGCUCGUCGGUCAUCCCUAUUCUCGUGCCAAGACUCCAAGCAAUGCCAACGCUGGCUCAAACCCGGUCUCGCCCGCUGCUGCUAGCGGAUGGCCUCUCGGCCUGGGCAUCUCUCCCGUCUCUCCACCUCCUCGCUCAAGAGCUGCGUCUCGAGAGGGAAUUGCCUCUUGUCCGCUUUCUCGUCUCUCUUCGCGAGAAGGCACGACCACGCUACCUUUGACUCUUGAAGCGGUCGCUGUCAGUCGCUCUCCUUCGCUCGGGCAGGUCGUCGAUGAUCAAGCUGCAGACGUCAGCAAUGCUUCAAUUGCAGAUGAGCCAAUGCUAGCGUCUCCGAUCGCUCCUUCAACAUUUGGCUUUGCCGUGCCGAUGAUGGACGUCGAGCGCACCCCAACGAAACGCAACAGCCGUGCUCAGCUAAGCAGCAAGCAUGUUGCAUCUCCCAUUCAAGCUCGCUACAACACCGCCGCCGUUGACAAUGACCAGGAGUCUCGAUCGAUGCCUACCAUCGGCGCCACUUCGCCUCGUCCUGACAAUGACGACAAGCGUCUUACCCUCUCGUCUACCUCUCCCUCCCAUCAACGCAGUACAGCUCAGCUUCCUCAGCUUCCUCAGCUUCCUCUCUCCCCUUCUUCACCUCCUGCACCCUCUCCCAUCCAUGACACUGCGGCUAACAAUAAGGCUCCCGCAGUGCAGGAACGCAUCAAGGGCCACAACGCUACAGCCUCUGCUUCAGUGGCCCCUUCCCCUUGCUUGUCCGAGAGUCACUCUCGCAGCCCCACAGCUAGUCCUUCGCCCUGUCCUUCGCCCUCCUUCGUCACGCUCUCUGAUCUGCCCAAACCUGAAGAGGAAAGCCAGCAGCAACAGCAUCGUAAGAUGGGCCUUCCUUUGCCUCCCAUCCCCACUUCUCCCAUCCCACGCAAGAUGACACGCAACCCUUUCGAACGCUACAUCACUGCUCGCGACGGCAACGGAAUUGGGUGUUCGGGCAGCAUGACUUUACAUGCUAGGCUUGCACUAGCUAUGGCGAACGGCGGAAAGCAUGGUCAUCUCGCAGUGGAUGCUGGCGAGUUCGAUGAGGAAAUGAACACGGUCUCUCCUACUUUGCAUCGUCCUGCGUUUGUUAGCGUCAACUCUAGCAACAGCGUUGGUAGCAGGAUGGAUAUGGUUGACUGA